GCGCAGUAAGAGUGCGCGGCAGCCUGCAGACGGACCGGAGGUGAAUGACACACGGACAGACACGGACACACGGGGACACACGGACAGACACGGACACACGAACACACACGGACACACACGAACCUCAGGUGGGACUCGGGUGUCAGAGCGAUGCCUGAAGGAUCUGUCCUCGUCUCGUCUGACGUCUCCAUGUCUGAAGAGUCGCCCCGCCUCUCUACCGCCUCUAUUAGCAGUAAUGAGCGGGCGCCAUCAGCCACGCCCUCGGACACGGACCUGCCUUUGUCGGACCCUCGCCCUGCGAGCCUGAUCUCCACGCUGUCCUCGGGAUCCAGAGACGACAGCCUCGCCCCGCCGCCAUCCAGCCAAACCUCCGCCCCCGGCGUCAGCCCCGACCCGAGCCCCGCGGGACACGGCGGCGAGGAGUCGAGGCCAUGCCCACCCUGUCACGGUAAGGGGUGGAGCCUCGGCCUCACCCAGAACAACAACAACAAAGAGUCACCGGCGAGUCGGGCCUCACGGGGCCGGCAGCAGACGGCGCCGCUCAUGACCGGCAGCAUGACACCGAACCCUCAGCUGACCUACCUGGACCGGGUGGUCAUGGAGAUCAUCGAGACCGAGCGGAUGUACGUCAGAGACCUGCGCAUGAUCGUAGAGGAUUACCUGGCUCACAUCAUCGACUGCUCCAGUCUGUCCAUCCGCCCCGAGCAGGUUUGCUCUCUGUUCGGAAACAUCGAGGACAUCUACGAGUUCAACAGCGAGCUGCUUCAGGAUCUGGACCAGUGUGACCACGACCCGGUGGGCGUCGCCCGCUGCUUCGUCAUGAAGAGCGAGUACUUUGAGAUCUACACUCAGUACUGCACCAACUACCCCAAUUCGGUGGCAGCGCUCACUGAUUGCAUGCGGAUUAAAUCUCUGGCCAAGUUUUUCCGGGAGCGUCAGGCGCAGUUGAAGCGUUCGCUGCCUUUGGGUUCUUACCUCCUCAAACCGGUUCAGAGGAUCCUCAAAUACCACCUGCUGCUCCAGGAGAUAGCGAAGCACUUUGACCCUGAGGAGGAGGGGUAUGAGGUGGUGGAGGAGGCGAUCUACACGAUGACGGGCGUGGCCUGGUACAUCAACGACAUGAAGAGGAAACAUGAACACGCCGUCCGGCUGCAGGAGGUUCAGUCUCUGCUGUUGAACUGGAAAGGUCCUGACCUCACCACGUACGGAGAACUGGUUCUGGAGGGAACCUUCAAAGUUCAUCGAGCCAAGAACGAGAGAACCCUGUUCCUGUUCGAUCGCGUGCUGCUAAUCACCAAACGCCGCGGAGAACACUACGUCUACAAAACACACAUCUCAUGUUCCACUCUGAUGUUGAUCGAAAACGCCAAAGACUCUCUGAGCUUCAGCGUCACUCAUUACAAACAUCCCAAACAACCGCACACUGUCCAGGCGAAGACGGUGGAGGAGAAGAAGCUGUGGGCUCAUCACAUCAAACGCAUCAUUCUGGAAAACCAUCAGGCCAUCAUCCCUCAGAAGGCUAAAGACGCCAUCUUGGAAAUGGAUUCCAUCUAUCCGCCCAGAUAUCGGUUCAGCCCAGAGCGGCGCAAGAAAGCUGCGUCCUCUCAGGGUGAAGCCGCUCGGGGGGGACGACAACCGAACCAUCAGGUCCUGAAACCAGUCGUCAGAGACAUCUUCCAGACAGGGAGGGGGGGUCAGUGUUUGAGAGACGCCCUCUGCAGGCGGCCAUCAGCAGCAACAUGCUGGCGUCCGGUCAGGAAGAGUCUGAGGUGGAAGGAUCAGCUGGGUUGGCGAGGGGGGGGGGGGGAGGAGCAGCUGAUCUGCAGUGAGGAAGAGGAGGAGGAGAGUUUGUCUCUGCAGCGCCCUCGGCAGGCGGCGGACAGCGAGCUGGACGAGAUCCUUCUGGAGGACGACCAGGUGGACGACUUCACCAGCUCCAUGCUCGCUGCCUUGGACUGCUGGCACCGUAGGUUCCAGAACUCUCCGUCCACCUCGGUGACGGACGGCGGCGGCGACACUUCCUCACUCGACUCGAACAAAGAAGAAGAACGACUUCUUGAAACAGACGUUGGAGCUGAAGCGACCGAGCAGCUGUCCAUCGAUGAGCUGCUGCAGGAAAAGACGUCAGAAUCUGGACUGACAGAAAACGCUGAACCAGACUUUUCGGAUCUGGAGCCUCCUGUGAUCUCAGUGUCUCCUCAAAGUUCAGAAGAACUGAAACCUGAAGGAGAUCCAGCCCCCACAGAGGAGCCGCUGUCCGCCACGCCAGAUUCAGAUUCAAGAACCUUGAGCAGUGCGGAAUCAUCUGAAGAAGAGGAGGAGGACAAGAAGGCGUCAGAGAAAGAGGAUGAAGCCACAAGUAUUCUUCCAUCUUCUGUUCUGGACAAAGCCAGCUCCAUCGCUCAGCACUUCACCAGCAGCAUCAAACGAGGCAGUAGAACUCCAGACAAGGCCCGGUUCUUCGGCUUUGCCUCCCCACGGUUACCGAGCAGAACCAGCAGCAGCCUCAGCCUCGGUGCAGAACCCGCCCACCAACCUUCAAGGGUCAGCAGCGUCUCCUCUGAGGCUGCGGAGACGUUUCGAGCAACAGAUUUGACUCAGUUGUCUCCUCAGGACGACAGCCUCUUUGACGCCGACAGAAGCAUUCAACGGAGGCGGGACUCCAUCCUGUCCAAACAGGACCAGCUGCUCAUUGGCAAAAUCAAGAGUUACUAUGAAUAUGCGGAGAGCCAGGACGCCACCUUCAGCCUCCAGCGCAGAGAGAGUCUGACCUACAUCCCGACUGGGCUGGUCAGGAGCUCGGUCAGCCGCCUCGACAGCGGCCCGAAGGAUAACCACGUCCAGACCAAUCCCUCCACCUCCACCACCCUCUCCGGUCUCAACCCACCGUCAGUGGAGCUACAGUCCACCUCCACCACCCUCUCCGGUCUCAACCCACCGUCAAUGGAGCUACAGUCCACCUCCACCACAGACACCUGCUGUCGCUUGGUUCCCAGUGACUCUUUAGACUCUUUAAAGUCUGAUCAGAGAAGCUCAGAUCCAGGAGAUUCAGAAGACAGCCUCAGAUAUCAGAGCCUGCAGAAGAAUCCACCUGAAGGGGAGGAGUUCAGACCCUCAUCUGAAAUGAUCAAGAUCUGGCAGGCGAUAGAGCAAGAGAUCACCAGAUCCCACAGCGACGACAGAGAAGCUCCGAGAAACUCCAGAGCAGCUGAGGCCGUCACAAAGAUCCCAAACAACAGCUGUGAGCGAGAGAGUGAAGUGUCCGACCUCAGCAGCGUCCCAGAAGAGUCAACGAGCCCUUCAACCCCCAAGCUAAGAUCCUCCGACGGGACCUACACAGGAAGUCUGAAGGGUUCUGGGGAGGAGGCGGUCGUCCUCAGGGCUCCAGUUCUGAGGGUCACUCAACUGAGGGCCGGAGCAGAGAGGCCCCGCGAGGACUCGAGCAAAGACACCGACAACAUGAAGAGCAAAGUCCAGCACCUGGCUCGCCAGUACAGCCAGCGAAUCAAAACCACCAAGCCAGAGACGCGACAGCGAAGUCCGGGCGUCCUGAUCAGUAAGAAGAGUUUACCCUGCGUGCUGGAGGAGACCGAGGCUUCAGGUAAAUCAGAGCUGACUCUGGCGCUGGUUUCUCAGCUCAAGGCUUCUUCUCUAGAGCUGAGCUCCACCGACCAGACCCAGCGUCCGACCUCCAUCCUCACCUUCAGCUCAGGUACGGCCUCCAUGGGUCCAGCUCCCUCCCGCAGCCCUCUGACUCCUCCUCCCAUCGAGGGCUUUCACUGGCCUGACGUCCGGGAACUCCGCUCCAAAUACUCUGCCCAGAAGAGUCCCGUAGGCCGGAGUCAGUCCAUCCCAGAGCAGAUGUUUGACGGGGGUGCGAGGAGACACUCCAGCUGCUCCUCCAGUCCCUCCUUCACCGAAGGAGCUUCUGGCGAGGGUCGUUCAUACAAGACUCGCCGCAGCCAGGACGCCAGGCGACGGGAACGCAGCAAACGGCUUCACCGAGCCAAAUCGCUGGAGCCUCAGCUGAGCGGACUUCAAAUGUCUGAGCUUCAGAACCUGAACGACCCGGUGACCGAGGCCGAGUUCCAAGGUUACUUCAUCGCAGCUGAGACCACGUUACCCAACGACUCCGAACACAAGAUCACUGUCAUCGAGAAACUUCCAGAGCCUGAGUCCGAGGAGACAGCCUCGACAUCGAAAGAAGAAGAAGAAGAAAACUACGUUCAGAUCCGUUCACCAACCAGCAGGGAGAAGAUCUCCAUCAUGGCCGUCAUCGACCGCUGCCGAGCCUAUCAGGAAUCUGACGAAUACAAACAGAGAGACGAGGCGAAAAGCAAAACUCUGAAGCCUCAAGAGCUCGACAAGACAAGCGCGUCUUCGACCAGUCGGGACGAAGAGUCCAAGAAGACAGAUGCGGGACAGAAGACGGAAGUUGGACAUCAGAGCAUCGUGAAGAACCUGAGAGAAAAGUUCCAGAGUCUGAGCUGAAGAACAUUUUUAUGAUACUGUGAGACGUUGAAUCAGCCAGGAACCCAAAGUUUAAUUCUUUUAGUGGUGAACAGAUGAUGAGAUGAGUUUAUUAUUAUUAUCAUUAUGAAUUAGAAAACCAUGCGAUCGAGAUCAUUAUAACUAAAAACUAAUUUGCCCCAAAAAUCUCUUGUGCUGUAAACACAACAGAUUGAUUGUUUGUUUUGUUGAAUGUUUAGAAACAUGUAAGAUAUUUUUUUAAACGUCUUCAAUCAGGAAUGCUGCUGGAUGUUUUGUGUGUUUUCCUCUUCACACAUUAAGAAUCAUCACUUCACUGUAAAAGCGUCAUAUGUGCCAGUUACAGCUGUUUUUUUACUGUAAAAAAAUAAGCUAAAAAAUAACCACUACAUUUUCACGUCACUUUGUUCAGUCACACGUCGGAAGCAUCACAGAGAUUGUGAUGUUCCCUCAGUGCGUCAGGACAGCUUAGCUUAGCUUAGCUUAGCUUAGCUUAGCACAAAGUCGGCGCAGGAGAGAAGCUUCAGGUGUGUUUGUGUGACAUGUCAGAUUUUGAUUCAACAAACAUAAAUUCACAUGUACAUUUUCCUUGACUGUGUUUUUAAUCUGAACGUUUUUUCUGGUUUUUAUGAAACUUUGUGUGUAAAAACACAAACUGUCUGAAACCUGCUUCAUCAAGAGAUCAAUGAAAAUAACAAACAAUUAGUGAAAUCAUCAUUUAACUGUUUAACUUCUCUGAGCAGAUUUUUUUAAGUAAGAAUUAUUUUCUUUAUGAGAAAAUCAUAAAAAUCUACCUGGAUGUUUGAGAUUAAUGUUGAUUGAGUUUAUUUCUGUUUUGGUUUGUUUAUUUCAAUAAUUGAUUGACUGUGGUUUAUUGAUUUCCUGAUAAACAGCUGUUGUCCUCCAUACACACGAAUGACUUGUUUGAUUUCGUGCCUUGCUCAAAGGCACACUGGCAUAUUAGAAACUUGAAUUUGUGAGUUUCAACGUCCUGUUUACUUCACAUGAUUUAAACACAAAACACAGCGAACACACCUCAGAGAACAUGUGUUUGAUUCUAUAUUAAACCAUGUAAGCAGACCAA